GCUCACAGCCUUCAGUGUGGCGUGUAUGGGAUGGCUUGGAUCCCGAGGAAGCCAUUAGUGGGAGAAAACCGGGUGCCAGGCAUGACGGAUCCCGAAGACCCCCCCAGACCCAGCCCUGGGGAAGCAGGUGAGCCCCCUGGGGAUGAGAGCGGACCUCCAGGAGAGACGUUCCCCCUCUCCUCCUUGGCUAACCUGUUUGAAGGGGAGGAUGGCUCCCCUUCGGCAGGAGGGGAGCCGAGCCGCAGCCCACCUGCCCCGGGGGAUGCCCGGCAGAACCUGCGCAUGAAGUUCCAUGGGGCAUUCCGCAAGGGCAUGCCCAACCCCAUGGACCUGCUGGAGUCCACCAUUUACGAGUCCUCCGUCGUUCCCGGCCCCAAGAAGGCCCCCAUGGAUUCUCUCUUUGACUAUGGUACCUACCGGCACCACCCCAGUGACAACAACAAACGGCGGAGAAAGAAGAUCGUGGAGAAGGAGUCCCAGAGCCCCAAGGCCCCAGCUCCCGAUCCACCCCCCAUCCUCAAAGUCUUCAACCGACCCAUUCUUUUUGACAUCGUGUCCCGGGGUUCCACUGCUGACUUGGACGGGCUCCUCUCCUUUCUGCUCACCCACAAGAAGCGCCUGACAGACGAGGAGUUUCGGGAACCUUCCACAGGGAAGACAUGUCUGCCCAAGGCCCUGUUGAACCUGAACGGUGGACGCAAUGACACCAUUCCUCUGCUCUUGGACAUCGCUGAGCGCACUGGCAACAUGCGGGAGUUCAUUAACUCACCCUUCCGAGAUGUCUACUACCGAGGUCAGACCGCCCUGCACAUCGCCAUUGAACGUCGCUGCAAACACUACGUGGAGCUUCUGGUGGCCCAAGGUGCUGAUGUCCAUGCACAGGCUCGUGGGCGUUUCUUUCAGCCCAAAGAUGAGGGUGGCUACUUCUACUUUGGUGAGCUGCCCUUGUCCCUGGCCGCCUGUACGAACCAGCCCCACAUUGUGAACUACCUGACGGAGAACCCUCACAAGAAAGCAGACAUGCGGCGCCAGGACUCUCGGGGCAACACAGUGCUGCAUGCGCUGGUUGCGAUUGCUGACAACACCCGGGAGAACACCAAGUUCGUCACCAAGAUGUAUGAUCUCUUGCUCAUUAAGUGUGCCAAACUCUUCUCUGAGAGCAACCUGGAGGCUGUGGUCAAUAAUGAUGGCCUUUCACCCCUGAUGAUGGCCGCCAAGACGGGCAAGAUUGGGGUUUUCCAGCACAUUAUCCGACGGGAGGUGACAGACGAGGAUGCGCGACAUCUAUCUCGCAAGUUCAAGGACUGGGCAUAUGGGCCUGUGUACUCUUCUCUCUACGAUCUGUCCUCACUGGACACCUGUGGGGAGGAGUCCUCAGUUCUGGAGAUCCUGGUAUAUAACAGCAGAAUUGAGAACCGCCAUGAGAUGUUGGCCGUGGAGCCAAUCAACGAGCUGCUUCGAGACAAGUGGCGAAAGUUUGGGGCCGUCUCCUUCUACAUCAGCGUCGUCUCUUACCUGUUCGCCAUGAUCAUCUUCACCCUCACUGCCUACCACCAGCCCCUGGAGGGCACUCCUCCGUAUUCAUACCAUACAACCGUGGACUACUUGCGGCUUGCUGGAGAGAUCAUCACCCUUUCCACCGGAGUCAUAUUCUUUCUCUCCAGUAUCAAAGACCUUUUUAUGAAGAAGUGUCCUGGGGUGAAUUCUCUCUUUGUUGAUGGCUCCUUCCAGCUGCUCUACUUUAUUUACUCGGUGCUAGUGAUUGUCUCUGCUGGAUUGUACCUAGCGGGGAUCGAAGCUUACUUGGCAGUCAUGGUCUUUGCCCUGGUCCUGGGUUGGAUGAAUGCCCUCUACUUCACUCGGGGGUUGAAGCUGACGGGGACCUACAGCAUCAUGAUCCAGAAGAUCCUGUUCAAAGACCUCUUCCGUUUCCUGCUCGUCUAUCUCCUCUUCAUGAUUGGCUAUGCUUCAGCUCUGGUCUCACUGCUGACCCCAUGCCCCAGCAGCACCAUCUGCAGUGGGGAGAGGGCCAACUGCACAGUCCCCGGUUACCCAUUCUGCCGGGACAGCGAGACCUUCAGCACCUUCCUGUUGGACCUCUUCAAGCUGACCAUUGGCAUGGGCGACCUGGAGAUGCUGAGUAGCGCCAAGUACCCCGUGGUCUUCAUCAUCCUGCUGGUCACUUACAUCAUCCUUACUUUUGUGCUGCUGCUGAAUAUGUUGAUCGCUCUCAUGGGGGAAACGGUGGGCCAGGUGUCCAAGGAGAGCAAACACAUCUGGAAGCUACAGUGGGCCACCACCAUCUUGGACAUUGAGCGUUCUUUCCCGGUGUUUGUGAGGAAGGCAUUCCGCUCUGGAGAAAUGGUCACAGUGGGCAAGAGUUCGGAUGGCACACCAGAUCGGAGGUGGUGUUUCAGGGUUGAUGAAGUGAAUUGGUCUCAUUGGAACCAAAACUUGGGCAUCAUUAAUGAGGAUCCAGGCAAGAAUGAGACCUAUCAGUACUACGGCUUCUCCCACACUGUGGGCCGACUUCGCAGGGAUCGCUGGUCCACAGUGGUGCCCCGGGUCGUCGAGUUGAACAAGAAUGCCCACUCGGAGGAUGUGGUGGUUCCACUGGAUCAUCUGGGCACUUCUGCUGCCCCUGCUCACAGACAGAGCUACCCUCAUAACUGGAGGACAGAAGAUGCCCCACUCUAGUGGGGCCUGGGAGCCUAGGGGAGGGGCCCAGCCAGGGACUCAAGCAUCUGCCAUGGCUAGUUGGCAUGGAAAGCACAGAAGACUUCCCUGCCAUGAGUUGAACCUGUUGGCUCCUGCCCAGCUCUAGUUUUUUCCCCGGAUGCCUAUUGGCACCCUCUUUGUGCCAGCCCAAGGUUCACCAACAUUUUCAAGGGAAGCUCCCACUGGUGGCUUCCUGAGUUCCCUGGCUUUGACUCCAAAGAUGCCCAGAUGAAGAGAGGUCCAGCAGCACCCUGCAUUGGAGGGAUGGGGUGUGUCAGAGUGUUGAGUAGUAUCAUCUCUGGCAGAGUCAGCUGGGGGAUGUGUGGAAAGUCAGACCAUGGUACAGUGGAAAGAAAGCUGGGAUUUGGAGUUGGGAAGUCUAGGUUUGCUCCCUGGCUCUGAUAUUUCCUAUCUGUGUGACCUUGGGCAAGUCAUUUCUCAUCCUUAAGUUCUUCCUCUAUAAAAUAAGGGGUUUGGGCUGGAUGACCUCUGAGGUCCCUUCCAGCUGUAAACCCUACAAGCCUAUGAUCCUCUCUUGUUCACUUACAAGUCCUGACCCAUGUUCACAUUCCCACUAGACUCUGGGCACAAUAGGCAAGGUCAGGCAAGGAAAAGAAGGUGAAUGGUUUUAAGUGGAGGUCAGAGAUGAAAGGCUUCCAGCCCCUUUGGCCCUGGAAGAAGCCAUCCUCAGCCUCCUCUCACUCCCAUGGAGUUAUACAGGUCAGUAUAGUGUGACCAGUGCAGAAGGGGCACCUUGUUCCCCAGCUGGCUACAAGGAGGCGGUUCCCACCCUUGCCCCAGCCCUGGCCAGACUCUCAUUCUAUUAUUUAUUUGCUCUUCUCUAGCUCAGGAAGGAAGUUCAUGGCUAGAGGGCAGGGUAGCUGUGCCCUCCAUGGAGGUCUCAGGAAAUAUCCCAGCCCAACCUAGUCUUUCUGGUUCCAGUCCCAUGUCCCAGUGUCCACCUGCCAACAUGGUACAUGCACAGAUGAUGGCUUUGCUUAAGAGACAGGGAAUGUCAGAGGGCAAAUCCUCUGUAUGCUCUGGAUGGUGCCUGGGAAAAUGUGGGCAGGUACUCAAUAAAUAUUAGUUUAUGAUGUUGGUAAUUGUGGUGAU